UAUAAAAGAAAUGCUCGACAAGGGUGAACUCAGUUUCUGCGAAUUUUUCCAACUGAUAACCAAAAGUAAAAGUAAUCUAACAAAUUUCGCUACAAAAUGGAUUUAUACUACGUUCCACCUUCUGCGCCAUGCCGUGCUGUCCUAAUGACCGCUAAAUCUUUGGGUAUUGAAUUGAAUAAGAAAUUUUUAAAUUUAUUUGCUGGCGAACAUUUGAAACCCGACUUCCUUAAACUAAAUCCACAGCAUUGUGUUCCCACUUUGGUGGACAAUGAUUUUGCCAUAUGGGAAUCGCGUGCCAUAAAUAUUUAUUUGGUGGAGAAAUAUGGAAAAAAUGUUUCGUUAUAUCCCAAGUGUCCGAAGAAGCGAGCUGUUAUAAAUCAACGUUUAUUCUUUGAUGCCAACUCCAUUUACCAGGCUUUCAUCGAUACAUAUGUAACGCAAUAUCUCUUCAAGAAACCCGUCGAUGCUGAAAAGUACAAGAGAGUUGACACUGCCUUUGAGUUGUUCAAUAAAUUCUUAGAAGGUCACGCCUAUGCUGCUGGGGAUGAAUUGACUCUGGCCGAUAUAUCAUUGCUAGCAACAGUAUCGUCAUAUGACGUUGUGAAUCAUGAUUUUAGCAAAUAUGAAAAUGUUGCCAGAUGGUAUGAUAAUUUGAAGAAAACAGUACCCGGUUGGGAAGAGAACUGGGCAGGAUGCCUGGAAUAUAAGAAAUUGUUGGGCUUAUAAAUUUAUGUAUUUAUGUCUGAUAUAAUUUUAUUUAAUGAGUUUGAAAAUUUGUGUGUUUGAGUGUUAAUUGAUUUGUAUUAAAAUAAGAAAAUAAUAUUAUGUUAAAAAAUUGAAAAAAA